GGCGAGCGGCGACCGACGCCGCGGGCCAUUUGUUGUUGAGACGCGGCGCCGCGGACACGUCUACAAGACAGUCAUGGCCCAGCGGACUGUGCACGAGUUUUUGGCGGCGUACUCUUGUUGUUUCGCGAUGGCCGCACUGCUGCUGCUGCAACCGGCAGCCGGUAUGGCCGUCGUCGGGGUGGCAGGCGAUGGCCCACUCGGUACCGCCGUGGCAGACACCGUCCCCGGCGACGUCGUUCCGGUACCGUCGUCCGCCGCCCGGAACAAGCGAUGGUCCACGACGUUCGGAGGCAACUCGGGCAACAAGAACGUGACAGUUAAUAAUGCAGUUCAGGAUUGUACUACAGACUCCGAUUGUUUGGAUACGCCAUUUACAUCUUGUGCGCUCGAUCCGAGUGACAAGAAAAGAAAAUGUCUGUGUGCAGAUGGAAAACAGCCAUCUAAUGGUGACUGCUUGAAAAAACCAAGAGCAUUAAGAACAUCAUGUGAAACAGACGUGGAAUGUUUGCCGAAUGCUAUAUGCAAAAAUAACGCCACAUCAACGAAUCCAAGAUUGAAGAUAUGUGCAUGUAAAGAUGGAUUUACUGAGGAAAAGGAGUCUUGCAACUAUGCUGAUUUAUUAACUUUCAAUUACACGACCUUGUUGAUCGCAGUUUUCACUACAUGGGUUUGGAAUGAUAAUCGUGCAUAAUCAUAGCAGAUAAAAAAAAAAAAAAAAUUGUUUUUUCUAUACUUGCACACUAUUUAUCAUCUAUUAUAAAACUAUAAUAUUUUAUAUUAUACUUCACUAAAGUAAUGCACAAAUUAAAAAUAAUAUUAUUUUGUCCUUUUGUAUUAUUACUUUACAUAUUGUUUGCCUAAUUUUAGUUAAAUUAAUAUGUUUCAAUUUAUAAUAUAAUUUAUACUAUUUUAAUAUUAUACCAUUUUUUUAUUACACACUAUUUAAGAUUAUAUUAUAUUAAUUAAGUGAAACGAUAUUAUAUAUAUUGCAUUUUAAUUUAAUAUAAUAUAUUAAUAUAUUGUACUAAUAUGAAUACAUUUAAUAUAAAAAUAUUUUACCGAAUUCAAA